AUGGGGAAAUCUGGGGGUAAGAAAAAGAAGAGCGGUGCUAACCAGAACCAAAUGGUGUCUGGGGGAGAUAAUAAUUCCAUCCCUAUCGUUAAUGGAGGUGUUGAUUUGGACUCCUCAAUUUUCUUGAAAAGAGCACAUGAACUUAAAGAAGAGGGAAACAAAAGGUUUCAGGCUAAGGAUUAUUUGGGGGCUCUUCUGCAAUAUGAGAAUGCUCUUAAACUUACUCCAAAAAAGCACCCAGACCGAGCUGUGUUCCACAGUAACCGGGCGGCUUGUUUGAUGCAAAUGAAGCCCAUAGAUUAUGAUACUGUAAUACUGGAGUGUACCAUGGCACUUCAAGUACAAUCUGGGUUUGUCCGGGCCCUUCUAAGAAGGGCUCGUGCAUUCGAGGCUAUAGGGAAGUAUGAAAUGGCUACACAGGAUGUGCAAGCACUACUUGCCACUGAUCCAAAUAAUAAAGACGCCCUAGAGAUUUCAGGGCGAUUGAAGAUGGCACUUGGCCAUUUUCGAGAGGCCCAGCAGGACCUCCAGAGUCGCCCUUCACCAGCAGCUCUUGGGGCAUCUGCUGUGGGGGCACCAAUCGCUGGCCUUGGUCCAUGUUUGCCGGCCAGGCCUGUGCCUAAGAAGCAGGCAUCUGCUGCAGUGGGAUCUGCUGUACCAGCUACUAAUAGUAAAUCAGAAAAGCUUUAUCCAAUACUACCUACUGAGAAUGGUUCUGAGACAAAGAACCAAUAUCCGAAAGUUGUCUUGAAGCCUUUAAAUGGUUCUUCAAAACCCAAUACAAAUGCUAGUAAGGACAACCAAAAGGAACGUUCAACUUCAUCAUCAUCAGUUCACAUUCAUGGGCAAUCUGCUGGCGCUGUGACGCGAUGGAGGCCACUGAAGCUUGUUUAUGAUCAUGACAUAAGGCUCGCUCAAUUGCCAGUGAAUUGUAGUUUUCGAGUGUUGAGGGAUGUAGUUAGCAAACGUUUCCCAAUGUCGAAAUCGGUACUGAUCAAAUAUAAGGAUGAUGAUGGUGACUUAGUGACGAUAACAUGUACGGGUGAACUUAGAAUUGCUGAGUCUUGCGUUGACAAGCUUAUUCCAAAAGACCCUGAUACAGAUCAAGGAGACUCAAUUGGGAUGUUGAGAUUGCAUAUUGUUGAGGUGAGCCCGGAGCAAGAGCCUCCUGUGUUGGAAGAGGAAGAAGAGAAGCCUCUGGAGAGUGAUGGAACUAAAGGAGAUGAGAGUGUUUCACAAUCUUCAACAGGUGACUAUGCUUUGGAAGCUGUGGAUGCUGAGAUUGAUAAGACUGAAAAGAUAAAUCUGAAGGAGAAAACUGAAAAAUCAGAGGACCCUGAGUGCAAGGAGGUGGAGAUGGACGAUUGGCUAUUUGAGUUUGCUCAACUAUUUCGUAGCCAUGUCGGCAUUGAUCCUGAUGCUCAUGUAGAUCUGCAUGAGCUUGGUAUGGAACUAUGUUCUGAAGCCCUCGAGGAAACAGUUACGGGUGAAGCUGCCCAAAGCCUUUUCGACAAGGCUUCUCUGAAGUUCCAGGAGGUGGCUGCUCUGGCUUUUUUCAAUUGGGGAAAUGUUCAUAUGUGUGCAGCAAGGAAACGGAUCCCCAUUGAUGAAUCAGCUUCAAAGGAAUUGAUGGCUACGCAGCUUCAAACUGCACAUGACUGGGUACGAGAAAAAUAUUCUCUUGCCAGAGAGAAAUAUGAAGAGGCACUCUUGAUCAAACCAGAUUUUUAUGAAGGUUUGUUAGCACUGGGGCAGCAACAGUUUGAAAUGGCAAAACUUCAUUGGUCCUUUGUAUUGGCCAAGAAAGAAGAUCUGUCGAAAUGGGAUCCGGCCGAGACUAUUGAACUUUUUGACAGUGCAGAGAUUAAAAUGAAAGCAGCUACUGAAAUGUGGGAAAAGCUGGAAGAGCAGAGAGCAAAAGAACUGAAGGAUCCUAAUAUGAGUAAGAAGGAUGAACUGUUAAAGAGAAGGAAGAAGCAGGGUAGUGAUGUUGAAGGUGAUUCCUCAGCAAUAAGCGGUCAAGGGGAAAUUUCGGCCGAGGAAGCGGCAGAGCAAGCUGCUGUUAUGAGAUCUCAAAUCCACCUAUUUUGGGGGAACAUGCUUUUUGAGCGAUCUCAGGUUGAAUGUAAAUUGGGCUUGCCCGGUUGGAAGAGAAACCUGGAGACUGCAGUCGAGCGAUUUAAACUUGCUGGGGCCUCCGAAGCUGACGUCUUGACAGUUCUGAAAAAUCAUUGUUCCAAUGAGGAGUCUGCUGAAGGAAAUGGAAAAAUGAUUGCGGAACUGAAUAGGGAAGUGGCUGAUAAAGGAGAUGGUGAAAAUGGAGUCUGUCAAGAUUCCGGGAAGUAA